AUGUACUCCUCUCCCCAAUCUCAACACCUCUCCCUCGGGGCCUUCUCUCCUCCAGAUCAAGCGACGGCGGCGGAGGAGGAAGACGAGGAGGCGGAGCAUGCGAGGCUUUUCCCCUGCCCUUACUGCGACCGUAAGUUCCUCAAAUCCCAAGCCCUCGGCGGCCACCAGAACGCCCACAAACGCCAGCGCACCUUUUUCCUCCACCUCCCUCCUCCUCCUCCGAUUCCGCCGCCGGUCUUCCCCAUCUCCGCCCACGGCUUCAGAUCCGCCCCCUACGACCGACCCACCGGCGCCGUCGCCGCCGCUCGGUUCGUCGCCGUCCGCGGGAGGGCAAACUGCGACGCCGAGGACGACCAGACGCUCGAUCUGCUCAACUGGAGACGGGGAUCCUACUGUCGCCCAGAGGCGCCGGCGGAUCUCGGCGACACCUCCGGCGAGCCGACGACGGAGCUUGAUCUGUCUUUGAGGCUUUAG